UUGUUGAGUCCAACUGCAAGCAGCUCCGCGCUGUUGCCGGCUACUAGUCCAGUGCAACACGCGCUCGUGUAUGCUCGUAUGAAGUUUAACGUGUGUCACUCGCGCUGUGCUAAGAUGAGAACACGUGGAAAACACACGUCUAGUGUUCUUUCUCCAUCGUCGAUCAGUGUAUCGAAAACUUGGGUAGAAAAUACCACCGUCUGUUUCGAGGAUUUCACACGACAGUCCCUGCGACCUGCCAUGCUGCUUACACACAGAUGUGGGCGCGUCUGAGGAAUCGUUUGUUCUCCUGUGAACAAACCUGUUGCCUUUGGGCGUUCUGUAGGCGAAGGCGUAGAGACGAGGACGCUGAUGAAGAACUGAUGUGGGUCCAGGAAGUGAGCGACGGCGAAUCGGAGACUGCUCUGGAGUACACCCCAACAACUGAGGAAACAGGUGUGAGUGACACAGCGCAGUGCUGGAAGAGGGAGACAACGCCAACAAUAUUUCGUCAAUACUUCGAAGAUCGAUUCGUCUCUCUCUUGAGUAUAUUGACAGCAGAAGAGUCCAUUAAGUCUAGAAUUUUAGCACGCACGCUCCUGUGUAAGUGCUAUUCGGGACUUUCGCAGGCUGGAAAAGCCUUCAUGCGCCAAAUAUAUUAUCGUCUGUGUAUUGAUAAAAGUAUUGCUGUGAGGGAAAAUGCAGCCAGAAAACUGGAUGAGUUUGCAAAAGUGGUGGAUUUAAGCCACUUUGAAGUCGAUAUUAUACCCCUAUUUCAUAUGCUACAGAAGGACGAAGAGGUAAUAAUACGUCUGGGAGCUGCUGAAUCGUUAGUGAAUAUUUUGAUGUACCAGCGCGUUUCUGACGAGCUCUACAAGGGACUGUUUUCAGAGUUGCAGCAGUAUAUUAAUGAUCCGUCUUCGAGUGUACGUUACCUGAUCGUCAUCAAAAUUGUCGAGGUUUUAAGAGGUCUACAGGAAAGCACGUUGAAAUCAGAUCUUCUCCAAAUACUUGAUGGUUUACUCAAGACUCUGACAUAGGAAGAUGAACAGGAGCAACACAUCAGUCUCAGUUUUUUUAAGUGUGAUCGUCUCAAAAUUACUGAAGAUUAUAUGAAGGGCUCUGAAAAUUAAGAACGGGUAUCUGCAGGCCAUCAGUUACACGCCUUUUAAGUGUUAUUAUUCUCAAAAUUCUUCAAGAUUUCUUGUAGAACUCUUGCGUUAUAAGGAGGGACAGUUGAAAAACAUCAUAUGCAAGUGUUUUAAGUGUGGUGUACCCAAAUACUAGAGUUGCUGAAGGACUGUGGGCAUAACAGCUGGGCAGGUGCAGCAUAUCAACUGCAAGGCUCCUGCAGUGAUCAUGAAACGGAAGACAUACUCAUGCUAUAUGUAGUGGUACUUUUGGUUGACUCAGACUAAAAUAUUAGUGUGACGAAUGUGCCUGGUCUUCUAAAUCUGAAGCAAUAAAGUACAGUGUUUUGUUUGUUUCA